AUGGCACCAAAUAUUUCCUUGACGCCGCUGGCAAGCCUGAGAGUUAGCAAGCACCAAAUUCCGGCGCACAGCCUUACUCCGAACACCAGCAUCCAGCGAAAACCGCUGCUUGUCUACCAUUCGGCAUUUGAACCCUCCACCGCGUCAGCCUCAGCCAUAGAAUCCCAUCUCAGCGAUGUCGAUGUUGUGGUCCCGCAGUGGCGGUAUACCAUGUACUCUACGACGCAUUUUCACAGCACAACUCACGAGGUUCUCUGCAUCAGCAACGGCCGCGCGAGGCUCUGCUUUGGCGGCGAGGCCAACGAUGGCCGAAUCGAGCCUGUCGUUGAGAAGGGCGACGUGAUCAUCGUCCCAGCUGGCGUUGGCCACCGGCUCCUGGAGGAUCAGGCUGGUGGCUUUGAGAUGGUCGGGAGCUACCCCAAGGGCUGCAACUGGGAUAUGUGCUACGGAGAGAAGGGCGAGGAGGAAAAGGUCAAAGGGAUCGAGAAGCUAAGCUGGUUCGAGAGGGAUCCAAUCUAUGGCGAAAUGGGCCCGGCGGUGGAAGCCUGA